GGUGGGCCUUUGGGUGUGAGUGAAAAUCGGGUGGGUAGAGGGUAAAAUCAAAUACUGUCCCGAGUAUAGGAAGUAUGGAGAAGCAGAACUACCUCUUAAGAUCACAGGGGAAUGCUGAAAAUUAAUAUCGGAGAAAAGAAUCUGAAGGGACGGUCAGGUAGGUUAGGGAACCUGGCCCACUUCAUUAAUGCUGCGGAAUGAAUAAGAAUCUCAAAAAUGAGAGUUGCUUAGUUAUCUGAAAGGCUCUGUCAGGCUUUCCCAUUGUGAAAUAUAUCUUCUGACCCAGUACUUUUAUUUUUGUGGCUAUUGUUACUCAAGGUUUCCCCUUCGUUACUAUGUUGGCAGAGCAAGCUCAAAAGUGGUUCCCAACUCAUGUGCAGGUCACAGUCCUUCAGGCCAAAGGUCUCAAACCAAAGGGCAAAGGUGGCACUAAUGAUACAUACACUAUCAUACAAUUGGGAAAAGAGAAAUACUCCACUUCAGUGGCGGAGAAAACCCUUGAUCCAAUAUGGAAAGAAGAAGCUUCGUUUGAAUUGCCUGGAUUGCUGAUGGAAGGGAACUCUGAAAAAUACAUUCUGUACCUGAUAGUCAUGCACAGGUCUCUUGUUGGGCUUGAUAAGUUUCUGGGACAAGUGGCAAUUAAUUUAAAUGAUAUUUUUGAGGACAAGCUGAGAAGGAAAACAGAAUGGUUUAAUCUAGAGUCCAAGCAAGGAAAACGAACUAAAGAUAGAGGUGAGAUAAAAGUCAACAUUCAGUUUAUGAGAAACAACAUGACGGCAAGUAUGUUUGACCUGUCAGUUAAGGAUAAAACCAAAUCUCCUUUUGCUAAAUUAAAGGACAAAAUGAAAGGUCGUAAGACAGAUGGAACAUUUCUGGAUACAUCUUCUGCAAUCAUUCCAAGGACUCAUACCCCAGAAACUAACAAUAUAAGUUCCCUCAAUGAAUUGCAGUUAAAAUCAAAGCCAAAAAAGCCUUUUCUUUUGGGACCUCAGCGACUCUCUUUGGCUCACUCAAUGUCUGAUCUAACUGGACCUCAGAUAACUUCAGAAAAAAUUAAAUCGGGAACAAUUGGCAACUCAUACCUCUUCAGACGUCAGCUUGAGUCUGUUGGUUCUGAGGAUGAAAGUGGAAAUAUAAAAUCUCCACACAGGCGGACAUUAAGUGCAGAUGCCACUAAAGUGAAUCAACCCGACAGCACAGUUGAUGACAGUGACUCAGCUUUUGUAGCUCAAAAUGAUCCUUUUACCAAUGUGAGUGCUUCACUGCCUCAAAAGUUUGCCACACUGCCAAGACAGAAGAAUCCAUUUGAAGAAAACCCUUUAUCAUGGGAACAAAAUGUGGGCUUAUUUUCAAAACCACCUGAAAUAAAAAAGGACAAUAAGAAAGAGAAAAAGGAGAAGGUUAGUCUCUUUGAAAGAGUAACUGGAAAGAAAGAAGGCAAACGAUCAGAUAGACUAAGUAACGGAGGAUCAGAAGGCUCCUCUGAUUUGAAAUCACCCAGUAUUUUUGCUGAAAGUCAUCAGGACAGCUUUGAUUUUGAUUCCACUAAUCCCUUUACUACAAACCUCAAGCCAAAAAAUAUGCUGCUGUCUAGUAGUUUUAAUGUGAAUUCUGAAAACUCUGAAGCAUUUCAAAAAACAAUGGAUGGAAAUCCUUUUGAUGCUGCAAUAGGAUAUCAUAAUCUUACAUAUGAAGAGGUCUUGCAGGAGUUGAUGAAACACAAAGAACAACUGAAGAAAAAAGAUACCCACAUUCGUGAACUUGAGGACUACAUUGACAACCUUUUAGUACGAGUAAUGGAAGAAACUCCAAAUAUUCUGCGAGUGCCAUAUGAACCUUCUCGGCGAGCUGGCAAAUUUACAAAAACCUGAGCUAAUGCCAACACUCCUUGGUAUUAAUUAAAAGGAUGGAUUGCUUAGUGCAGUGUUUUGAUAUUGUGAAUUUCAUAUUCAUGCUUUGUCCUGAGAGCAUUUGACUCCAAAUUUAAGCUAGUAUUAGUUCUUGAAUCUGUAUACAAACUCCGAGUUUUAUAAGGUGAAAAUGUAAGCUCCUUUUGCUGCAAAACAUUCCUUUACCUUGGACAUGUAUAUCCAGGUAUGCUUUAUUUUCAAAAUAUUAUGGUUAGUUUGGAUAUCCUGUACAGUAAUCAUCUAAUAUACAUACUUGAAUAUUUAUUUUGCACUUCAGUUAAUCACUUUGGAGUUGCAGCAUGCUGCCAGAAUGAAUGUGCAUAGUCAGAAUGUGUUUUGCAGCUCUUAAUAUGAAGGAAAAUGUGAUUUACUUUAGGAAUCACUAGUAAAUGAGGGGAUAAUACAUUUUUUCCUGAGAAGGUAGACAGUAUUGAUCCUUAAUGUAGUGCUUAUUUGAAAUAAUUACAUCUGUGCUCUUGAAGAAAUGAGAGCUUUUCAAAUGGCAAAUUCCAUAAUCUAUAUGGAUGGAAAAGAGCUUAAUAUAUUAAGGUACAGUAUGCCAUUGGUUUAAGCACACAUAUGCACAUUUAAAAAAAGAGAAAUAAAGCAGAAGAAACUAGUGGAUAAUACCUCAUUUUUAGAUUAUAAGAAGUAUGGGGGAAAAGCUGAUAGGAACGUAACAUUCUAAAUAUUAGUAUGUCAGCCAACCUAUACAUGUGUGUUUAGCGGUUUGUCUGUAUACACAUAGACAUAUGUAUAAACGUAUGCAUCAUUUGGGUUCUGCAAUAUUUGAGACAGGAAAUUGAGAUUAAUUUGCUUGUUUUUUCAAAUGUAGGAAAUUAUUUUUUAAAAUAGAUUGCAAUUACUUCAGUACUUUAUUCUGUGUCAGAGUCAAAUAUUGUCCUCCAUUAAAAAGCAAUGGAUAUAUUUGACUCAGCAUGUCUCUGACUAAAUAAAUUUAUGUGCAUUGUUGUUUAACUAUUUCAAAGUGGUAAAUGCAAUUCUAAUGGAAAAUAUUGCCAUACAGAAAAUAUUGUUUACUAUAUUGUAAUCAAAAAGUUAUUCCUUUAUUUUAUAAAAAAAAUUCAGGCAGAAUGAUUGCUAGUAUGAAGUGCAAAUAGGCUUAGACAUGAGGAUACAGCGUUGGGAAGAAUGAAAUAACGUUUUUGUUCAGUUUUCUUCUUGAUUGUGUAAUGCAGAUUUUUUUUCAUACACAAACAUAUUAAGGAUUUCUAUGGAGAAGAAUGGAAAAUAUUUUCCCUUUUU